AAAUUCGUAACACACCGCUCAACCUACGUGGGCACGCUCGCGCUCCUCUCCGCUCACUAUGGCAUCCAACGGCAAUGGUUCUGCAGCCUUGACGAGGAGACGACCCUCUAUCGAUAUUGUGGACGCUAAGGUCGCCGUGGAUCUCGCGACCGCACAGACAUAUUCGGAGAAUGUGUUCCUCUUCGUGCCCAACCUUAUCGGCUACACGCGCGUUAUAUUGGCAGCUCUAUCUCUUCACUACAUGAGCUACCAUCCAAAAUACUGCACAGUGCUGUACUGUAUCUCGUGCUUACUCGACGCAGUCGACGGGCAUGCCGCAAGGGCCUUGGGGCAGGCUUCGAAGUUCGGCGCCGUAUUAGACAUGGUCACCGACCGUUGUACGACCUCUUGUCUGCUUUGCUAUCUUACAUCUGCAUAUCCCGAGUGGGCCCUCGCAUUCCAAUUCCUUAUCACGCUGGACUUCAGUAGUCAUUACAUGCACAUGAACAGUUCCCUUAUAACAGGUUCAAGGAGUCAUAAGCAAGUGGAUGGUGACGUCAGUCGUCUGCUGCAACGCUACUAUGAUCCCCGAACGCUCUUCGUUGUCUGCGCAGGGAAUGAGCUGUUCUACAUUUCCCUCUAUCUAAUGAAGUGGGUGCACACUCCCCUGUCGGAAUCCUUCGGGAUCUCUGGCGACGGAAUCGUCGCCUACCUGGUAUCCUUCACUUGGCCGGAGUUGAUAGCUUAUGUCACCGGCCCAAUCUGCGCACUCAAGAACAUUGUCAACCUUGUACAGCUAUGGAAAGCGUCGAAGGUGUUGGUGGGUGUAGACUUGGCGGAGCGGGCCAAGGCGCGAGAGGAACAGUUGUUGAAGAAGCAUUGACAACGCGCUCUACGCUAUGCUGUUUCGGAUACUCCUCUACACUUCCUAUGGCACUCCAUCAUAGAGACUUCCACGAAAUCGCGCCUUAGUAUAUGUCGGUAAUCUAUAAUAUUGG